ACUUGCUCACCACUUGUCACGCAACUUCCACUUCAAUCCUCACCUCCUUAUAAACCGAGCUCACUCACACUCAUUUCCACUCAUACCAAAACUCAUCUCAAAAAUUUCAAUACCUAUCUCUUUCUAUCAAUGGCUCUAGAAGCACUUAACUCACCCACUUCUACUACCCCUAAAUUCACCUUCGAUGAACCAAAUCUUCCAUGGACUAAACGUAAACGUUCUAAACGUUCACGUUCAUGCACUGAAGAAGAAUAUCUCGCUCUUUGUCUCAUCAUGCUUGCUCGUGGCCACACCAACCGCCACGAUUUCAAUCCUUUGAAUCCACCACCAACAACCAUUGACAACAACAACAACAACACCAAACUCAGUUACAAAUGUUCUGUUUGUAAUAAAGAGUUUUCUUCUUAUCAAGCGCUCGGUGGACACAAAGCAAGUCACCGGAAAAACUCCGUCGGUGGCGGUGGUGAUGAUCAUCCAUCAACUUCCUCAGCUGCUACCACAAGCUCAGCCAACACAAACGGUGGUGGUGUUAGAUCUCAUGAGUGUUCGAUUUGUCAUAGGUCGUUUCCGACAGGACAAGCUUUGGGUGGACACAAACGUUGUCACUAUGAAGGUGUUGUUGGUGGUGGUGCUUCUGCUGUAACUGUCUCUGAAGGUAUGGGAUCCACACAUAGUCAUCAACGUGAUUUCGAUCUGAAUAUCCCGGCUUUUCCGGAGUUUGCUAAUAAGGUUGGAGAAGAUGAAGUUGAAAGUCCUCAUCCUGUUAUGAUGAAGAAGAAAGCUCGUGUUUUCGUGGUGCCCAAGAUUGAAAUUCCGAAUUUUCAGUGAUGAAUUAUUUGAGAUGUAGAUUUACUUUUAGUGAAAGAUUAGUAGACAAGUUUAUUUUAUUUCUUAUUUGGAAAAUUUUUAGGAUUAUAUGAUUUUGUAUAAAGUUUGGGUUGGGGGAUUCAUUUCUUU